AUGCAAACAGUCUCCAUAGACGACUUCACCCGCCAGUCCUUCGAUUUCAUUGUCGUUGGUGGUGGAACCGCCGGUCUUGCCGUUGCAUCCCGGCUAGCUCAGGAUGGCAAGUUCACUGUUGGAGUGCUUGAAGCUGGAGGGGUAGCAAACGGGCGCGAUGAGGUUGAUAUUCCCGGCUUCUUUGGAAGAGCCUUGCAAACCGACAUUGACUGGAAAUUUGAAACGACACCACCAGGCGCUGAGGGAGGCGUCAAAGACAACUGGCCUCGGGGCAAGGCACUUGGCGGAUCCAGCGCCAUCAACUAUAUGGGCUGGACGAGAGCAGGCAGAGCGGACUAUGAUGCUUGGGCGCAGCUAGGCAAUGCCGGAUGGGGGUGGGAUGACUUGCUGCCCUUUUUCAAAAAGUCAGAAACCUUCCAUCCACCAAGCUCUUCUGCACAAGACAAGUUUGAUAUCGGAUAUGACAUCAAUACCUUUGGCACUUCGGGACCCAUUCACAUCUCUUAUGCCGAAGACUACUCGCAGGCCCAUCAACCAUGGCUCAAGGGGCUCAACUCGCUGGGCGUGGAAACAAACCCAGCUCAUUUUUCAGGCUCAAAUGCUGGACUGUGGGCAAAUAUAUCCAGCGUCAACCCGCGCACAAAAACUCGAAGUUUUGCAACCGAGUAUUGCUCAUUGGCUGGCUCCAAUCUCUGCAUUCUGACUGAAGCGCUAGUUGAAGAGAUUGUUCUUGGCAAAGCUGAUGGCGGAUAUGUGGCCUCUGGAGUUCGAUUUAUUCACAAUGGUCAGGAGCAUACCGUAUCAGCAUCUCGCGAAGUCAUAUUGUCUGCUGGUACUAUCAAAUCUCCGCAGUUGUUAGAGCUUUCGGGCGUUGGAAAUCCCGAGGUAUUGUCUCGAGCUGGGAUUGACGUCAAAGUGGACAGUCCCAUGGUGGGAGAAAACCUGCAGGAACACAAAGCCCUCGUUUUCAUCGUGGAUGUUGACCCAGAACUUGACAAUCCGGAUGAGCUGAUACUCGAUGCUGAGAGAGCGGCCGCAGUUCGUGAACAGUAUUCUCGAGACAAAUCCGGUCCUCUUGGUGAAAUUGCCAGCUCCUAUGCGAUGGUUCCAUUCACGACAACCAUACAACAGGAUGCUCUGGAAAAGAUAUAUUCUCAAGCUCACGCUUUGACAGAGCUGUCUCCGGCGAAGAAGGCUAUUUUGGAGCAGCGCCUCAGAGACCCCGACAACAUUGGUCUGGUGGAGUACUUCUUCAAACUUGGAGCUGGUGCUUUUGGAGGAAAGGAUAGCAGCCACGGCAUACUUGCUCAAAUUCUGCAGCAGCCUUUCGCCGCCGGCUCGAUCCACGUACAGGCCAAGUCCGCUGCAAAGGAGGAUCCUGUGAUUGAGAUUGGCUAUUACCAUGGCCCGGCUGGCGAUGUCGAUCUAGAACUGAUGCUGCAGUCGACGCGGUUUGCACGCAACAUCAUGCUGGCUCCGCCUUUCAACAGCGUCGUGAGGCAGCCAUUUCUCCCACCCGCCAGCGUGUUUGACGACGACGAUCAGCUAAAGCAGCUUGUCUUGAACGGCACCCGCGCGGCGCUGCAUGCUGUCGGGACGUGCUCCAUGGGCGGCGACGCAGGCAUUUCAGGAGGCGUCGUGAAUGAGCGGCUGCAAGUUUACGGCGUCCAGCGCCUGCGAGUUGUGGACGCGAGCAUCAUGCCGCUGCAAAUCAGCGCGCAUAUCCAGGCAACGGUGUAUGCCAUUGCGGAGAAGGCGGCGCAUAUGAUUCUCGAAGACGCGGCUGUGCAGUGA